AAAUGAUAACAUAGCAUUUGGUUGGGCAACUUAAGGCGUGGACUUUUUGCAAGUUUUUCUUCAAUCAGAUCCACCAAACCCAUCACACAAAAUCACGUAAGAUUGUACCUCCCAACUCAAAAGCUUCAAACUUUUUCCAGUUUCCAAAUUAAUUAAGACACAGAGAGAGAAACCACAAAAAAGUUGCAAAUUUUUCUUCUUUCGUCACUUUUUUUUCUGUUUUUUCGUCACAAAAGUCUGACCCUUUUCUUUCCUUCCAUUGAAUUUGGAUGGCUGGCGGCGGAGGUGGAGACCGGCCGCCGUGGAAGGAGGCGGAGCCGCCUCGACCCACCAUCACUCUGCCGCCGCGGUCUGGUUCCAUGGAGUCCCUUUUCAAUGGAGGAUUCAGCCCUGGUCCCAUGACUCUGCUUUCUAGCUUUUGGGGUGAUGGGGAUGAUGGAAAGUCCUUCUCUCAGCUCCUCGCUGGAGCUAUGUCUUCUCCGGUGGCCGGAGCUGUCGCCCCCGGCGUGAUGGACUCACCUGGCCUCUUUUCAUCUUCUCAGGUGUCUUUUGGAAUGACACACCAGCAGGCCCUAGCACAGGUCUCAGCUCAGGCUUCACAAGCCAACUCCAAUAUGCAUAUCCAAGCCGAACAUUCAUUGACACAGGCUCCUGCAGCUGCUUCCAAUACAACUCAACAGCUGAUGCCACCUCUAACUUCUGACUCUUGGGCUGCAAUGACUGAAUCCAUUGAUCAUUCUCACUCAGAACAAAGAUUGCAAUCAUCAUUGUUGAAUGUUGAUAAGCCUGCAGAUGAUGGCUACAACUGGAGGAAGUAUGGGCAGAAACAGGUCAAGGGUAGUGAGUUUCCUCGAAGUUAUUACAAGUGCACGAAUCCAAACUGUCCUGUCAAGAAAAAGGUCGAGCGCUCGCUUGAGGGUCAUGUAACUGCAAUUAUUUAUAAAGGAGAACACAACCAUCAAUGUCCUCAUCCUAACAAGUGCUCAAAAGACACCAUGACUUCAAAUGAAAAUUCAAAUAUGCAAGGGAAUGUAGAUUCAACGUAUCAAGGGACGAGUACAAACUCAAUGUCUAAGAUGGAUCCCGAGUCAAGUCAGGCAACAGCUGAUCGUCUAUCAGGAACAAGUGACAGCGAGGAAGUAGCUGAUCAUGAAACUGAAGUGGAUGAGAAAAAUGUUGAGCCUGAGCCCAAGAGGAGAAAAGCAGAAGUCUCGCAGUCAGAUCCACCUUCUUCACAUAGGACUGUCACCGAGCCUCGAAUCAUUGUGCAAACAACAAGUGAAGUUGAUCUCUUAGAUGAUGGGUAUAGAUGGCGAAAAUAUGGGCAGAAAGUUGUCAAAGGCAACCCUUAUCCUAGGAGCUAUUACAAAUGUACAACGCAAGGUUGCAAUGUGCGGAAGCAUGUGGAGAGGGCUUCAACAGACCCUAAAGCUGUCAUAACGACAUAUGAAGGAAAACACAAUCAUGAUGUGCCAGCAGCUAAGACUAACAGCCACACUAUGGCCAGCAAUACUGCAUCACAGUUAAAAUCACAUAACACCAAUCCCGAGAAGCAUAAUUUUGGCAGCAGAGGUAUGGGAGGAAAUGAACAACAGCCGGUCGCACGGCUUCAGUUGAAGGAAGAGCAGAUCACCUAGUCUUUCUGGAAGAAACAUCUUAGUGAGGAAGAAUUUUGUCUCACCUCACAAGUCAUCUUUAUUUAGAUGCUCAUAUCGCAUUCUUUUUUAGUCUUAGGCCUAAGUUUUGAUAGGGGCCUAUCCAGUGCAAACCCUAAUAAACAACUAGUUUAACACUGAUGAAAGAGGUAAGGGCAAAAGGUUUAAACAACAAGUUUGAACAAUGAACGCAGGUUUUGGAUGAUGAUGUACUAUUAGUACCUUUUGUGUACAUUGAAAGUGUAAGUUAUGUUGUCUAAUAUAGUUGUUCAUCAUGUUAUUCCUUGCUAUUUGAUAUUUUCCUCAAGAAUGUGACAAAAUUUUGGAUCAUGAAAUAAAUUUUAUCAUAAGUUACCCUCUC